UCAAACCGGCAGCCGCAGCCCGGCGCCGCCUCCGUUCCCACGGCCCGGCCCGGCCUGACCCGACCCGGCCCGGCCGCUCCGCCGUUCAGUUGAAAAAUGGGCCGUCGCUCCUCGGACACAGAGGAAGAGAACAGAAGCAGAAGGAAAAAGAAGCACCGCAGGCGUUCCUCUUCAAGUAGCUCCUCAGACAGCAGAACGUACAGCCGUAAAAAGUCUGGAAGGAAAUCAAGGUCAAGCUCACGGUCUCGAGAUCUCCAGUCUCGUUCACAUUCGUAUGAGAAGAGGCGCAGACACAGGUCCAGCAGUAGCUCUUCAUAUGGUUCUAGAAGAAAACGCAGUCGUAGCCGAUCAAGGGGCAGAGGCAAAUCCUACAGGUCUCAAAGGUCGAGAUCAAAAAGUAGAACAAGAAGAUCACGAUCGAGACCUCGACAACGUUCUUACAGUCGCAGCAGUGAAAGAUCCGGUCACAGGAGAACUCACAGCGGGUCUCGUGAGAGAGAGCGGCGUAAAGGCAGGGAGAAGGAGAAAACCAAAGAGAAGGGCAAAGGGAAAGAAAAGGAGAUAUGUGUCACGAAGCAUGGGGACUCUGGAAACAUCAAAGCUGGAUUAGAACAUCUGACUCCUGCUGAACAGGCCAAAGCUAGACUGCAGCUGGUUCUCGAGGCAGCUGCUAAAGCAGAUGAAGCGUUAAAGGCCAAAGAGAGAAGUGAAGAGGAGGCGAAGAAAAGAAAGGAAGAAGACCAAGCCACCCUAGUAGAGCAAGUGAAGCGAGUAAAAGAAAUUGAAGCUAUUGAAAGUGACUCCUUUGUUCCACAGACAUUCAGAUCAAGUAAAGAAGUCAAAAAGUCUGUGGAGCCUGAGCUACCCUACGAGCCUGUGACUAUCGGAGCGGGAACUGCUGAGGCGUCUGCAUCUGCUGAAAAAGAGCCCCCAGCUGCCAAUAUUCCUACUGCCAUCAAGUACCAAGAUGAUAAUUCUUUAGCACAUCCAAAUCUGUUCAUCGAGAAGGCAGAAGCAGAAGAGAAGUGGUUUCAGAGGCUGAUUGCCCUGCGGCAAGAAAGGCUGAUGGGCAGUCCAGUGGCCUGAGUGAGCUGCUGUGACCAUCACACACCAGUUCUCCAUCAAUGCUGAGAAAUCCUACCAUGAAAUUGGUUUAUUUUUUCUGUUCUGAGGGGAUUUUAAUAAUCAGUAUGAGUUGUACAGAGAACAAAUCUGAAUAAACAAGAACGUUCUGUCCUCCGCUUUUCUCCCAAACACGUUGCAGAGUGACUUGUGUGGCAGGGCUGCCUGCUGGGGAUGGGGAGGGCAGCACAGCAGGGGCACUUCCUCUGCUUGUACUGAACUCCUCUGGGUGCAAAAAACCUGACAGCCCAAGGAGGUAGAAUUGUAUACCUCCCAAUCAAAAAACAGGGAUAACCCAUGCAGCAGUGUAAAGAGAAAUGUAAACUAUCCGAGUGUGACAGUUGAGAUUUGGCAGCGCUCAGGCAGAUCCCACCCAGGGCCUUUACACCUUUUGCAGCUGCAGGAGAAUUUGAGGCAAAUCCUGUCCUCAUCACCUCCUCUUCCUUGCCUUCUGCUCUGGAAUCCCUGGACAGUCUCCACGCUGAGAGGCUCUGCAAAACAGUUCUGUUCACCUGCCAGCUCCAGCCCCAACCCAGCUGCUCGCUGUUGCUGGGCCCGAGGGGAAGGAAAGGUUGGACACCCCCCUCAACAUCCACCCACAGCUGUUGGCAUCCAGGAGCAGAUGUAAGAUGCAAUUGUUUUAUCUUUUUAAGCAGAAUUGUAAAGUUUUCAACAGCUUUUCUGAGCCCGUUUUUAAGCCCAUUAAAAUGUUGAUGAUCUAUAAAAGAUGGCUUUCCAUGAAUUAAGGGGAAUGGUAUCGAUGUUACUGUGUGUGUGAUGGCACAGACCUUUGCAAACAAGACCACUGGCAUAUGCUUGUUUCUGUAUAGAGGCAUUGUUUUCAGUCUGUGAGGCUUCCAUUUGUGCACGUGUGACUUUAAAAGAAUGAAAGGUGAGCCCUAUCUGAACGUUUCCAAUUCAGCUCGAGUAUCCUUACAAAGCCAAUCUGCCCACAUCCAACUACAUGACAGAGAUCAACCAGCUCAACCACAAAAGUCCUUCUUCUGCAGCAUCUAGCAAAGCUGUGAGAAAACUAUGACAUCAGUAGAAGCUAAACCAAGCCCUCACCUCUGGACACACUGCUCUGCAAAUGACCACACCAGCUUUCCCAUGUGAGUGAAGGAAUCCCUAAGGCUUUUUUGUUAGUAUUGUUUUCCCUUGUUCCCAGAUCUGUGGUAGCAAUAAAGAGGAUGAUCCUGGUUGUCUUCUAUGGUUUUUAGAUCCCUGAUGUAGAUGGAAAACGUAUUAAAUUUGCAUUCUAACACAGUUUUGCUUUAUCUUCCUGAACAGUGUUAGUUUUACUUGGUCCUGCAUAAAAAUGGCUCUCUGUGUUUCAAGACUACUUUGCAACAAGAAGUGAGGGAAAAGAUUGUUUCCCUUGCUUUAAUUCAGUGUUUUCAAACAGUAAAUAUUUGUUAUUGCUCUGUC